AUGUAUCUUACUUUGUUUCUAUCUAUCUAUUUAUCUAUCUGUAAUAGUUUGUUCAUAUCUAUCUAUCUAUCUAUCUAUCUAUCUAUCUAUCUAUCUAUCUAUAAUAGUCUUUUUCAGAUACAAGUAUCUAUCUAUCUAUCUAUCUAUCUAUCUAUCUAUCUAUCUAUCUAUCUAUAUAAAUCUGUUCAUUAUGUUAGUCUGUUCAUUAUCUAUCUAUCUAUCUUAAUCUUCCGUUCAUUAUCUAUCUAUCUAUCUAGCUAUCUAUCUAUCUUAAUCUGUUCAUAUCUUAGUCUGUUAAUUAUCUAUCUAUCUAUCUUAAUCUUCUGUUCAUUUUAUCUAUCUAUCUAUCUAGCUAUCUAUCUAGCUAGCUAUCUAUCUAUCUUAAUCUUCUGUUCAUUAUCUAUCUAUCUAUCUAUCUUAAUCUUCUGUUCAUUAUCUAUCUAUCUAGCUAUCUAUCUAUCUUAA